ACGUGUCUGUGUGUCGGUCGCAUCUAUAAUAUACGCAAGAUACUUCGGGCGAGUAGUGUGUAUGCCUGAAAUGUGUGUGUCCAAGCUCCUUGCAUGCGCUCAGCUGUAUACACAGCGGAUCGGAGUUUUCUUUGUGUAAAAAUUUGCACGCGCAAAGUCAAUAGAGAAAUUCACGGCGUUUCGAUCUAACCGACCAUUCGGAUCCGAAGAAAGACAUUAGGUUAUCCCCAAGCAGUCGUACAUUACAUUUUGAUCAUUGUUUUGUUUCUGAACGUGGGAUGAUGAUGUCUUCUUCACGGUCCUCUCGCGCAGAGACCCGGAGCCGCGCCAAAGAUGAAAUCAAAAGGGUAAUGCAAGCAAUUGAUAGAGUUAGAAAAUGGGAAAAGAAAUGGGUGACCAUUGGCGACACAACUCUGAAGAUCUUCAAGUGGGUUCCUAUUGUGGAGGUGAAGAAGAAAGAGGACCAGAAUGGUCAAGAUGACAAGACGAGUGAGACCAGUAGCCAGGGUGAUGCCAAAAGCAUCAAUGGUGAACAGGAAAAAGAAAACAGAUAUGAUAACAAUUCACAGCAGACAACUCCAGUCAAACUUAGAGACAUCCCUAAUCUAGAAGAUUCCAACUCAAGACUAACGCCCUCAUCAGCUUUGAGUUACGAUGAAUCAACGAUGGAUUCAAUGAUGAGUAGCGAUCUAGAUGAGAGUAGUAAUCAAGGACCACCUGCAGAAGAUGGUGAGAAGAGCCGGUUAGCAUCCAGUGAGAGUAGGAUUCAACCACCAGAUGUCCAGCCAACUAUAGAAAAACAAACUGAUGUGCAAGACUCGCCAUCAAAAAAUGAAGAACCCCCUCUCUUGACAGCAGAAGAGCCAGUUUCCAAACAGAAUAUCAGACCGCAUUCUGCUAUGGACGAUGUAGAUGAACCCCCUUCCAAGCAGCCCCGUUUAGAAUCCCAAAUUGGCAAUGAUAGUUGAUGCAACUAAGUGUGCAUGUUGAUACCAUGCUACUUCUGGAUAUUAAAGGUAUACAUCAUUGAUCUUUGAAUGAAAUGAAUUGAGCAGGGCAGGGCCUUGUCUGUGUCCUUAUAUAUUUAUGUGUACUGCACUUUGGUGUAGAACAUUUUUAAAUUAUUGUGAAUAUUGAGCUGUACAUAGGGAUGUGGGCAUUGGAGG